AUGUUAUCAUUUUCCAGAAUAUCUUUCUUCUCUAUUGCCAUUUUUCUUGUCUCUUCUUUAGUCAAUGCUGCUCCAAUCGAUGGUAUCACUAAGAGGGCAGAAGGUGUAGUCGGAUUAGAUUUCGAAGUACAUGUUUUGCAGAAUGACACAAUAGUGAAGCGUGGUCAAACUGAUAGCAGUGCUUUACUGUUCGAGCAAUAUUACUACAUUACUUAUCUUGAAUUAGGCUCCAAUAAGCAGAGAAUUGGUGUUGAUGUUGAUACAGGUUCGUCAGAUUUAUGGGUUCCUACCUCUAGCGCCUCCCUUGAGGUUCAAAAAUGGGGAAAUUACAACCCAACUGGUUCUUCAUCAUACAAGGAUCUCGGAAUCCCAUUCAGUAUUCGUUAUGUAGACAAAUCAGGAUCUUCAGGUGAGUUUGUUUCGGAUACAGUUUCUUUAGAUAAUGGAGUUGCUAAGCUCUCUAAUUUUCAAUUUGGAAAAGUUGACUCUACUACUGUGAAACAGUGUGGUGUAUUUGGUAUUGGCCCAACUAGCUUAGAAGCGGGCGUUUUCCAACAAAGUGGAGCCCCAGAAUACCCAAACUUUCCUAUCGCUUUGAAAAAUGCAGGGUACAUCAACAAGGCAGCUUAUUCAAUUUAUUUAGAUACUCCUCAGGCAAAUUCAGGAAGUGUCCUUUUCGGAGGCAAAGACUUGUCAAAGAUUGAUGGAGAUUUGGUUGCAUUACCACACACAGGUGAUCAGCGUAGAUUAGGGGCUACUUUGAAUUCGAUAAAUUUUGGAGGGCAAAACAUCGAUGUUUCAGCUCCCCAUACUUUUGAUACUGGAAGUACGCUUUCAGCCUUUCCAAGUGACACCUUUUCAAGCUUAGUCUCGGCGGUCGGGGCAAAUACAUUUUUCAACAUUAACGGUUACCCCGUGGUAGAUUGUGGCACAUCGGGAUCGGUUGCUUUUAACUUUGACGGUAUUUCCAUUGACAUUCCUAUUUCUGAAUUUAUUAUGAAUACUGGCUUCCUCUGUAUUCUUAGGAUAAGAUCUGCUGCUCCUGGAGAUGAAAUUCUUGGAGAUGAUUUCUUAAGACAUGCUUAUCUUGUCUAUGAUGUUGAAAAUCCUUCUGUAUCCUUAGCUAAGGUUAAGUACGAUGAUUCAAAAUCGAAUAUUGUCACUCUUUGA